AUGCGGCCGUCGCAAACUCCUCCUCGUCCCGUGCAGCCUAGACCCAAUCCUAGAGGCGGCAACAACGGAAGGGGAGGAACGACGAUUCCACCAUUUCCAGGGUCAGUUGGUUCAGGGGAGAACAUGAGCUACACACACAUAUUCGACCAAGUCAAGGAAGAGAGAAGAGAAGGUGCCAGAUCCUACGGUAGUUCUACGGGCAACACUCCAUCUCGCCCCAUCAACGGUCAUGCAUCUCCCGCCCCAAACUCCUCCAAGGUCUGUUGCUUUCCAUGGUGCCGAAGGGGAAGUAAGUAUUGA